GGCAGUCAGAGCGUCUCUCGCCACAGCUGUGCUCCGCUCUUUGUCGGUCUGUGCUCUCCUGCGCUCUUCUGUCCGGGCACAAGGAUACAAAGAGAGGGACAUACGGCAUGAAAUAGACAUGAGGUCUGCGGGGGCAACAGAGGGGACACGCACAGCCUGACCGGACCGCAGUUCAGCCCGAAUACGGAUACUAUUAUCUCCUGGCUGGAUACGGAGAUUCGCCGAUGUGCGCACUGGAUUUUACCCACCAAAUAGUGUCCAGAUCGGGGGGAGAGGGGUGGACGUUGUCGCGCAGGACUGUCGGGAUUUAGGAGCGGGCCAUGGAUAAAACUUUGCACAUUCUCCAUAAAUCCGCAGACGGUGGGCCGGCUGGGAUCUCCCUGGACAUGAGUUUAAAUAUGGACGACGGAGAGGGCUUCACGGAACAGCAGAUCGUGGGGCUCCCGGACAAAAUACCUCUGGUGAAACCUUAUUUUAAGAAGAAACAGAGGAAAUUGGAUGCUAAAUGCCUCCACCGCGCCCUGGAGGAUCCUAUACUGACCACUUUGCUGAGCACGGACACGCUGGUCUCUGGGGAUGGGGUGUUUGUUCCCCGGAACCAGCCGGGCCGGACGCCGGGUAACCUGUGCGCUGCGGCUGUGGUGAAACAGAACUGUAUGGGCCAGGUGUGUCUCAAAGGAACGGGAGCUGCUGAAGACGCCACAGCUGCGGCGGGGGUUGGGGGGUUGAUGACCCGGGACGUUGAUGUGGAGAUAGCCGAUACUACUGCGGAGCUGGAGGAGACAGAGAGGCGAGCGGAGCGACCCAAGAUUGCGGAAUCUAACCCUGACUGUUUUCAGCCGUGCCUCAAGGCAGCCGGGAGCACAGUGACGGUAACACCCCCGGGCAGGGAUUUAUCUCCCACAGUUGCACCCCAAGCUACUCACCAAGAGGGGGCCAUCAAAAGCAACGACCUCCUAACCUCUGGGGCUAAGAAUCUUCCAGUCAAAGACUGCACUGGAAUCCAGGACCCGCACCCCCUCCUCCUGCAGCCUGACAAAGGGGUGCUAUUUGAGGAUAAAAGCGAAGAGGCCUCCCUGGACCUGGUUUUUGAAUUGCUCACCCAGCUUCAGUAUCACACGCAUCAGUCAGACUCAGUGGACAUAUGUGUGGAUUUCCUCCAGGGACGCUGCGUUUAUGGCAAUGACUGUGCCCACCACCACACUGUCCUGCCCUACCACUGGCAGAUCCGCAAGAGCAGCACUCAGACGUGGCAGAGCGUAGUGGACGACUCCCAGGAACAGCUGGAGAGAUUGUACUGCAACCCUGACAAUGAGCAAGUCAGGCUCAAGUUUCAGGGCCGAGUGUUUACCCUGGACUUCGGGGCGAUGCGAGUGUGCGACCUCGAGUUCGACUGCGUCCGCCGGCUGACCACUCCGCCCAGCCCACUGCCCGCCCCCCCAACGAACGCGAACCCCACCCCCAGCUGCCACACGGUGUGGAAGUACUACUGCAGAGACAACUUUGGCUGGAGGGAAUACUCCGAGCCGGUGGUGAAGCUAAUAGAGGAGGCGAGUUCGAGGGGACUUAAGGAGGUGCGAUUCAUCACACUCCAAAACCAGUAUAUCCUCAACAUCAGGGAGGGCUUCCAGCAGAACGCUGUGUUCGGGUUCAGGCGGCAGAUCAAGAAGCGGCCCAUGUUCAUGUCGUCUGUGAUACUCACGCCACACCUGCAGACUUUGGGCGGCCUCUCUUUAUCCCCUCUCCCCUGUUCGUCCUCCUCGUCCUCCUCGUCCAUGGACCUCUCCACGUCACACCCCCUCUCGCCGACAACCACCAACCCGCCCAGCCUUUUCCCUGAAACGUGGCUGCCCAUGACGAUGAGCCAGGACUUCCUGCGCGUGCCCGUGUCCCGCGAGGACCGCAGCUACAGGACGGUGUACAGCCUGUUCCACAAGACGGUGUCGGAGACCAAGUUCCGUAUCAUUAAAAUACAGCGUGUGCAGAACCCCUUCCUCUGGGAGAAGUACAAGAGGAAGAAGGAGUACAUGUCGCGGCGCAUGUCCGAGAUGGACCGGCUGCUGAGCGAGCGCCACCUCUUCCACGGAACCUCGGCCGACGUGGUGGAGGGCAUCUGCAAGCACAACUUUGACCCGCGGGUCUGCGGCAAGCACGCCACCAUGUUUGGCCAAGGCUCCUACUUCGCCCGGAAGGCCGUCUACUCCCACAACUUCUCCAAGCGCUCGCCCAAAGGAGUCCACUGCAUGUUCCUGGCCAAAGUCCUCACUGGCAGGUUUACUGUAGGAAAUCCCUCCAUGCGCCGGCCUCCCCCCAUCAACCCCCGCGAUCCCUCUAGUGACCUUUACGACUCUUGCGUGGACAACUGGGUGGACCCCCAGAUCUACGUCAUCUUCAACGACGACCAGAGCUACCCUUACUUUAUCAUUCACUACGAGGAGGUACCCAGCACAGUCGCCGUCUAGGCCCUGCAUCAGACCUCGGCGUCUCCGUCUGCAAAUACGCCUGCGCACAGCUCGCUACGGUGGUAGACGAGCGGAGUUUGCAGCUCGCGUUGAAAAAGAACAAAGAAGACCAAUACAAAGUGUGACUCGUCGUUUAACCAACGCUGCUUGAAUCACUUUCGAGCGUCACCCAUCUGGUGCUUGAAACAUGUUUGCAAAUGCUCACUGAUUCAGGACUACAGUCAGUUGGAUACAGCUAGACUGGACCGCACUAAGGAACAACAGACCGGGUUCUACUGGACAAAACUGGACCGGCGAAGGACAACACCUGCUCCGUCCAGUUUUCUGAGGUGGAUGACAUUUGAAAGCGGCUACAUUGGACUUGAGUGGACUCAUACACAACACUUGAGUAUCAAGUAAAAGAUGGGUGCCCAGUGAUGCGAAUCACCGGCCCAACUUACCUAUUGAUUUAAAGCAGAUGCAGGAAAAACCAAACUUAGUCCCCUUAUCAGUUUGACUUUGUCGUAUGGCUGUACAUGAACGUAUUCCCACAUCAGGACAAACGCUGUAGUAGACAGUUAACGUCCUGCCAGUACUGUGAAUGACCAGCUGGCCAUGUUGUUAUUAUUAUUAUUAUUAUUAUUAUUAUUAUUAUUAUUAAUAUUAUUAUUAAAUAAUUAUGCUGAGGAAGCCACAACCAACCAAUCAGAGGCUUCCAUUACAACUCUGACCCUCCCAUCAUUCUCAGAUCAUAGUGAGUGUUUACCUAGCCUCCGGCCCAUAAGUUUGUUUCAGAUCUAUGUGCUGCGUGUUUGGAUCUCUUUGAUUUCGUGGACAUUAAUAUUGUGGCCUCUACAACCUGACAACGGACGUGAGUUUCAGAGGGACUUUCACAAAUGGAAAUCCACAUACUGUAAACCUCCAGGCAGAGGAUUCACAUGAAGCCAGCGCUGCUCCCGGUUAAUGUUUUUUUGCUUUUUGCGCCCGCCGCUUCAGGCCCUCUUUGAAGGGGCUGAAGAGCAUUUAACAUUUAUGGUGAGACUCGGCAGCGCUGUAGCGUUUUUUUUUUUUUUGUUUGUUUGUUUUUUUGUCGACAAACCCCCUGAAACUCAUCUCUCUUGGACCACUCUCUCGCUCAGAGAAAGUAGACUUUUUUUUUGAGACAAACUGUACAGGCGUUCUCUUUGUUUAUAUUUGAACUGUGUGCCUUUUGUUCAUAAAAAUGUUUAUUUAUGUUAGUUUAAUGUAACAUUGAUUAAUAAAGAAUCUAAACAAGGAA